AUGGAACACAUAGAGUUACAUGAUUUGGAUAAGUUCAAUGAUUAUUUGAGAGAAUAUGAGAACAAUGUUUGUGGGAAACAUUGCAUUGCCAUAUUAUUACAUGUAAUUUGCAUAGCAAUGAGUUAGAACACGCAUAUGAUGGAGACUAAGUUCAUUAGAUAUGCACAAUCUUGUUUGGUGAGAGACAAGAAGGAUUCAUCAGUGAGUUAUGCAGCAGCCAUCACAUUCUUAGAGGAUUGA